AGUAAGCUUGUCAUUAAGGACUAAGCUUGUUGGUGGUAAAGUUCUGCUGCUUUGGGACACCGAAGGCGUUUGGAGUCUUCAAUAUUCGGGUAUCACGGCUUCAGCUGAAGAAGAGUAUCGAUUGUGUUGCCGGUUUAAUCCCGCGGGCCAAGACUUUUUCGACUUGGAGAGCACGUGUCUUCCAACGACUCUCACAAGUUUGACUUGUCGAGUUCUGCCUCUUUCUUUCUCUUGUGACUUAUUUCUCCUUUUCGGGCCGUCGCUGUUGAGGGGGUUGUUGCAUUCGCUUAUACGCAAGGUUGUCGCAUUCUUUGCGCGCAUCAUACGUCAACUUCUCAUCUGACUCUUCAAACAUCACCAUGUCGGAACCAACAGAACCACCACCUCUAUCAAUCGAGAUCUUGAUCGACUCAAAAGAAAAGAAAGAUGCUCUCAAACUCAUCGUCGACAGUGUCGCGCAACAGCGUCAAACAGCAUCACGCGCCCUAAUCUUCCACCCAAUUCCCCUCUCCGUCUUUAUAGCAAUCCUCGCAAUCGCACACUAUGGCGCGGGCAUUGGCAAGGACAUCAGCACCAUGCUGAUCAUCUACCCCGGUAUAAUACUCACAUACCUCGUCGCAAUCCGAUACUUCACCAGUGCGUACAUUCGCAUCGCUGAAGAGACGGAUUGGCUUGACUGGAUGAAGAAGGAUGGUGUUGAGGAUACCAUCAUCGGGGCGCGGUUUGGGAAGGACAUCAUCGCUGCAGUGGUCCUUCGAUUGGAGAAGAGCAACAAGACUGCCUUAAUUCGUGCAUGGACAACGAGGGCGCGGUACAGACGUCGGGGACUUGGUGGGGAUAUGCUACGCGAGAGUGUCAAGAUCGCGAAGCAGAGGUUGGGCAAGGAGUGCACUUUUGAGUUUGCGCAAGAUCAUGCAAACAGCGAAAUGCCUCUGCAUGAGAUCUUCAGUGCUCCUUUCCUUGCCCGACAAGUGAAAGCGAAGAAGGCGCUCAGCGCAGCGUUGAAGGAUUGGGAGGAGGGCAAAGAGGGACCUCAAUAGCGACGAGAGUUGAGUAUGUAUUAGAGUACUAGAUUCUAGUCAUACUUCAUGCGACGGUGCGCGAUCCUAUCUGCUUGGCUGAAGUCCGAUCAACUACAACUACCCUUACCAUUGUGACUGUUACGUUCAAAGUACGCGCAAACGGUUUCGCCUUUCCAACCGUCGACUCAAAAAAGCAAGAGUUGAGGUUAUGCCAGCAAUGGAGACAAUGUUCUCUCCCUCGCUGCC